CAAGCAAUGAAAAAGUUUCAAUGACGUAUACGGCAGGUGGAACUUUUUGUUGCUCGUCAGUGUAAUAAUUGAUUCAUUUUUUAAUUCACCUACUCUAGUAUAAUUUAAUCAAAUAUCUGCCUAAUUCAAACCAACCAGAAUAAAAGUUUUGUAAGUAUGGAUGUUUGUGACUCGUUCACCGAAAACAAUCUUAUGCACUUCAUUUAGUACGUAGGUGCCUGACUUCCUUCCUCAACACAAGCACAGGUUCCUUUUCCUCCCGUCUCAUCAAUUCCUCUCAUCGCUCAUCACACUCGUCUGUCCCCAGGGCACGGGCACUCGACAGAGAUGGAGGUGCGUCUCACGGCGCCCAGCUGGGUGGCGCGCGGGGGCUCGGCCACCCUGCGCUGCUUGCACCAGGUGCCUCCCCAGCUGCUCUAUAAGGUGGAGUUCAUGCGGACGGGCGCCAAGCUGCUGCAGUACGUGCGGGAGAGGAAGCCUCCGUUCACCAGCUACAGCUUCGCUGGGGGGACUAUUAAUAUGAGUCUGACGACGGAGAGUUCAAUAACCCUGGACAACAUGGACCCGGCAGCCAGCGGCACGUACUGGUGCGAGGUGUCCCUCGAGACCCCCAUCUACACGGCGGCGUCGCCUCCGCACCAGCUCACGGUGGUCUAUCCUCAAAAGCAUCCUCCAAUCAUAACAUUCGGAGACCCGGAUGUUGUGGUGGGGGGGCUACUCCGGGCGAACUGCACCAGCGCGCCCGCCGCGCCCGCGCCUAAACUCACCUGGUACAUCGAUGAUGUCAAGAUCGAAGAGGAGCAAGUCCGCUACUUCUCGUACCGAGUCUCCAGCAGCACCCGCACGAAGGGCGGCGGGGGCUACAAGCAGCGCAAGCAGCAGCACCGCUACAUCGCGCCGGAGCUCAACCACACGGCCAAGUACUGGGCGCUGGUGAGCGAGACCACGCGCGCGCCACCGCAUUCGAAGAAGUGCACGCUGCAUGAAGCCCAGACUGAGGAGAUGGCUAAGCUCCGCAAGAAGCCGCGCCCAGUGUUACCAGCGCCGAUCCAGCUGUGGGUCUCAGUGCUGGAGCUGCGGGUGCCAGCUCACGGGCGCCUGCAGCUGACCUGCACCGCCACCAUCCCCGACCAGGUCGCACCACACGAGCCCUACGCCGAUGUCAAGAAGCAGACUGUUACAGUGGCUGUGAAGGAGCUACCCAGGCCAUAUUCUGAGUCGACCCAUGCUAACGAGUCUACAAAUGUCCACUUUAGCUGUCACAUCUGGUCAAUUAUUGGUAUGUUACUGAUGUUUUAUGUCUUGAAAGAUUAAAUUAUUAUUAUUAUUGAAUGGUUAUGAAAACAUGGAAGGUGCAAAACACGUGCUCUUGGAAACCAAUAAAACUAAGAUUUGAUAAAUGCGAGAAUGUACUAGAGAUGAUGUGAUUGGAAAUACCAAUAAUAUUAAGGUACUUCGUUUCAAAAACAGUUAAUAUAAAUUGGACACAAUAAUCAUUGUUCAAAUUUUCAUUAUGAUCAAACCUAAAAACUUAAUCCUUAAAGUAUUUAAUAAAAGCAUGUAAGUUCAAAUUCCUUUCAAAAGUGGCUUAAUUUUAAUGUGUAAAUUAAAUAUACACAAACCAAAAAUCUAUUUUUGGCUACCUACUUUGUUUUCAAAUCGAUAUUUGUAUGUAAAUAACCAAUAUUAUAGAUUGUUACAAGUAAGGAAAGUUUAAUAUUAUGAAGAAUUCUGAUGUUUUAGAUAACACUGGCCUGCAAAACAGUUACACAAAUUUUUAUUACAAGAGUUACAUACUUGCCCUAUAGCGCUGCCAAAGGCUUGCCAGUGUCUAUAUACCUAGAGAUAUAUAUUAUUUAUUUUGAUAGACUAGAACCUAUGAUACCUCCUGGUUAUUUAUUUUUAAUGCAAAAUUACCAAAUUGUAUUUCUGUUUAACCCCUUUCAUUUAAAUUCUUAUACAGAAGGUUACUUAAAGUGUGACGAAAAUAUACACCAACUUCAGCUAAAUUUUAACGAUUGUCAAUUAGAUAUUCUUGGGUAGAAUUUGACAUAAACUCAUAAGUUCAUAUGAAUUAUAACAUAAGAUAAUUUACCAUGUGGCUAUCUGCGCUGACUCAAAAACCAAGAUCGAAAUAUAAAAUGAAACGAUCGUAGUCAAAAAUAUGCAACAUAACUUCACUCUUUCACGUCUUUUUAAGACAAUUUCUAAGACAUUUCCACUUUAAAAAAUAUUUAAGUAUGUUGUUUUUAAAUCUUCACAGGGUUUCCUACUCAAUAUUUGAUAAAUAAUUACCUAUCUAUACUAUGAAUCCUUAACUUGUACCUACUUAGAGCCUUCGUAAAUUUAUUUUUAUACAGCCAUAAAUAAUGUUAUUUUCAUAAUUGGUGUACUAAGAACAAAAGGCUAUUUUCGCAGCUGAUAAUAGAAAACUGCAUGUACCUAUAAUAAAAUUGUAUAUUGCAGUAUUUAAGAAUAUGUAUGAAGAUAAGUUGUCUUAUAAAUAUGUAUGAUGUAAAUAAUAAAUAUACCGAUCAUGUUAUAUUGUAACGAAUGACAGAUUCGGAUGUUAUGUUCUUGUUAUCAUAAAGUUAGUUUCUUUUAUCCUUCGAUUUUCAGGUACGCGUGUAUUAUGAAUAACUUAUGAUGUAUAAUUUAUGUUUCCUACCUCCUCCAUUUUAAAAGUUUACUCAUGGAAUAUGUAUGUACUUAUGUAUUUAAAAAUGUAAUAUUUAAUCAUUCAAGAGUGAUACCUUCUGACAUAGUAGUAGGUAUAGAUGUGUAUAAACUAAACGUUAUUUGUGCUUGAAAGCUUUCAGUGUCGUAAUGCAUAAUUUAUUCACGUAUAAAAGGCCAUUUGAACAAUAAAUAAGAACCUAAUUGAAUGAUUUAUAGACGUUAUCAUCAUAACCGCAAUAUUUUAGUCUAAAAAUAUCGAAAUUAUUUACGAAUUAUUUAAAUGGAUAAAAUAGCCGAAAAUCCUUGAAAAAAAAGGAAAACCAAAACAUAUUUAGUGAAAUUAUGAUCUCAUGUUAUUUUAUUAUAGAAUAUAAGUGUGUGUUAAAGUUGAAAUUUAAUAUUUUAAGACAUUAUGAGUGAUAGGAUUCUAAUAGCAGAGUAUUUUCGAUAUAAUUACGAGUAUGUAUUGAUUAGUUGUAAAUUGCUAGAGGAAAUGGUUUUUCCACGUACAGUGCGUGUAGUAACAAAAUUUGUCUUAAUACAACUAAUCAUCGUCAACGCAUUUCAGUGUUUGAAAUUACCGUUAGAACAUUAUAACGCAAAAGAAAAUACAAGCGUCAAUAAAAGCACAAACAAAAGAAUACGCCAAGCUUCAAACAAUUUCACAGUCAUCAUUUUAGCAUCCAUCACUGUAUCCAUCCAGCACACAGUAAAAUAAAAAGACAAAUCUAAUCUAGAACACGCAUUCCAAGGCUGUAUGUACAAAAACCAUUUCUUUUUGGCGUCGAAUGUCUUCCUGCAGCUCUUUACACUGACUAUUGUAGUAGAGAAAAAAUAAUUUUAUUUAUUAUAUUACCAGGCUAAUAUGUGAUAAGUUGAGUGUACUUAUUCGGAGGAUGUACGUUACCUGUAGUGUGAUUAAAAUACCAUUUGAAGAAAAUAUAAGAACAUUAUUUUCCGAUGAGGAAAUAUUACCUAGGUAAGUACAUGAAAAUGUAUUUGGAUUACAGAAAGCAUAGUGCCGCAUUUUAAAAUGUUUUACGCUAGAUCAAAUUCUUAUGAAUUUACAUGGUGCCAUAUUGUAUGUAACUGUAUGAUUACUUUGUGUUUGUAAGGAAAUAAUUAAAAUAGCAAACCGUGAAAAUUUAUUACAAAAGCAUUUCACGAAUAGUAAUUAUUGUCUCCAUAAUAAAGACCUAUUAGUUAUCGUUCAUGUAUCAUACAUACAUACCUAAUGUGCCACAGUCGGUAUAAUACUAUUAUUCUUAAAUGUAGAGAUGAAUAGGGGACAAGAUUAAUUUCUAAAUAACUCAAAUGGUCAUUAGCGCAUUCGUUACCCUGUUUUAACACCACAGGUCGUUUAUAAAAAAUAAAGUUUAUGUAUUAAUUUAUUUAUUUAUAGAAAUGCAAAUUCAUGAGAACACUGUAUAUUUAUUAUGAUUAUUUCAUUACAAUCGCUAUUGAAUGGAAUACUUUGGGCAUUCGAAUUGUGACAUUGAAAGAGUUAUUGUUUUUAUCAGUGGCACUAGGUUAGUAUGUAUUCUGAGUUGGCACCAGGUAUAUUAAAUUAUGAUCAGUAAUAUUGAAGCCGAUAAUAAAAAAUAUAUUAAUAUUAUAUAUUUCAACAUGAAUUCAACUUACAAAGUCAGUAAAACAAAUGUGAUUUAAAAUAUAUUGCUUAAAGAAAAUAAAUUUUAUUUAAUUGCACGUUGUUUUUCAAUUAAAUUCCCAUAUACCUACGCUACGGCUCUAUAAUUCUUUCCGCACGAAGAAGACUGAGGCAAGUAUUAUUACCGUUGUUGCGUGAAUCGGGGCACGACGCAAUCAGCUGAGGAUAAGAAAUAAGAUUAUCUUAUUUAGAAGCACCUAUUUUCAAUCGUAUGAUGGUUAGUACUCUUCUACCUUGUCGAAAUAACAAACCACUAGGGCCUUACCACAAAA